CAUGCGCAAGCCUCGCGUCGCAAAACAGACACAGAGCUCGACAGCAGUGGUCAUCAGGAGAAAUUAGAUAUUAGUAACCGUUUUGAGACAAGCUGACUAACGUGAGCCGUGAAGGAUUAUUUCGAUUGUAAAGGGAUUACUAUUAUAAUAGAGGAAGUUUGGGAAAUAGCGCAAUCAAUAAUACUGAAUCAUCUUCGUCACGUGGUCACGUUUGACCAAUCGGAGUGAUCCAAAUACAGCCGAAAGUAUGCCCUUUGUUCGGAUAUUUUUCCAACUUUAUCCCCAGAUCUGACCCAGGAACUCGGUACAAAUCAUGGCAUGUGGAUACGGAUGGGUCGUUUUAUGACAAAGGACGCGCUGUGGAUAUGUUUUAUUGCGUUUUUGGUGCGCAGUGCCACGUGUUCAACUUUGAUGAACAGUGCUCGGGCGUAUUUCAUCACAUGACUCCCCUCCCCCACCCGGUGCAGGGAAUUGGGGAAGAAGGCGGACAUGUUGGAGGGAAAUGUGUUGGUUAAAGAGUAUCGAGGUGGAAGACAAGAAGAUUAUUUCAAGAAAGGUCUCGCUUUAUUUUGGGAUUUACCAGUCGACCUCUGUGUUUAUUUUAAAUUGAAGGCUUUUCAUGUUAUACUUUGAACAUAUUUAUUUUUCUUUUGGCUUAUUUAACUUUGUUUUUUCAACCACAGUCUACUUUGUGGUUUUUACAGCUCUAAGUUGUCAAAACGUUUAAUAGUUGAUAUUGCAAGGACCUAGUGUUACUUCCAUCGUUUAUUUGAGUGACAUUGUAGGGAAUUUGUAACCUUGGUGUGGGGGAUGGGCGCAUGUGGUUAGGUAACCAUUUUGUGUGGUUGUUGAAUUUAUAGAGAUCUUACGUUUUUAAACAUAAGAAUGAUUGUAAAUAAUUAUUCAUUGGGGGAUUGUAUGUUUUUAUAUAAAAGGAAAACGUGCGGUUUUAAUCACUCUUCUGUAAAGUCUAAAGGGUGAGGUAUGGUAUUUGUAUUUUCAGGCAUAAGAUUGUGUUUGUGAUUUCCUUUUAGCUUUAAUUCAUGUUCCCCCCCCCCCUUCUUGUUGGUUGGGUACAAGCAGCUUUAAGUUUGAUCAAAUGUGGUCUGAAAUCAGUGAGGAAAACUGCUGUGUCAUUCAGUGGGUAGUUGGUUCUUGUGACCUACUAUAGGUGUGGCCUUUUUCUUGUUGGUUGAAGUAAACGUAGACCACAGCCUCACUGAUACAUUUUGUAUAAAUUGUAAGUCUUGUCUUUGUACUACUUGCAUGUGAGCCAUGGGGCCUAGUCUGUGUGGUUGUGUGUUCUGAAACAGUGGCCUUUAUCAGCAGCAGAUGAAGCUGCUUAUUUCAGUUGUAUUUGUAAGCAACAUAUGCUGCGUUUUUUAUGUUUUUGUUAUUGUUUUACCUGGCUUAUUGUAAAUAAUUCGAUUGUAAUACUCGGUUUCACUGUACUUAAAGAUGGCGACUGCGUGCUUCUUCUCAAACAGAAAUGCGGAUAUUCGAGCAAGCAGAGCGCUCGUGGGGAGAGGCUCUUGGCUCUUAGAGGGUACGCGUGACCCGAUUGAAGAACCAAUAGGCUUCUUGGUAUUUACCCUGGAAGCCCGCGUUAGAACCGUAUCGACCAAUCCCUGUCGUCGCUUUGCACACGUUGACGUAAUGUAAUAUGAUAAGGAGGAGGGUGGCUUUAGUACCCUUCCAUUUUGUACAGGAUCACACGAGGAGCCAGUUACAGGCAGCGUUUCUGUAAUACUGAAUAGACUGAGCCAAUAGCAUUGUGCAAUUACCUUGACGGACAGUUAAAACUUACGAAUAGGUUGGCCCGAAAGACUGACAGUGUAGCUCCAGCGUCUAGGGGUGUGGUGACUUUGACGGACAUCAUAAAUAGCCAAUAGAAAAAUUGAGGGCGUGGACAUUCUAAGACAGUCUAUCCAAUAGGGCGAAUGGUUGGUCUAUAUAAGAACGGGUGUAGGCGCAGCGUCGCCAUUUCAACGAAGCAGAUUUGAAGGAGUUUACCGUGGCGGGGAGCGGAGAAAACUGACGAACAGAGAGGGAUCCUGGUUUGAGUCUAGCUAAAAACACAAUCCGGAUCCAUCCUGAUGGAUAUGGCUGUUAACCCGCUCCUUGACAGCUCUCUUGUCGGGGUUGAGGUUGGCAUAAUGGGAGUCACACCGAUGGACCAGGGUUCUGGCGCAGCUGGAAAACGCAUCCGAAAACCCUCGCUGCUCUAUGAGGGCUUUGAGAGUCCUGGGAUGCCCCCCCUCAAUCAGAUGACCACUUCGGGACCCCCACAACCCCCGGUGAAAGACCCCGCCCGACAGGGAAAGAUGACCAACCAACUUCAGUUCCUACAGAAAGUCCUGCUCAAGUCUUUGUGGAGGCACCACUUUGCCUGGCCCUUCCACGAACCUGUAGACGCGGCCAAGCUCAACCUUCCUGACUAUCAUAAGAUCAUCAAAAAUCCCAUGGACAUGGGCUCUAUUAAGAAGAGAUUAGAAAAUAACUACUACCGCACUGCCAGCGAGUGCAUGCAGGACUUCAACACCAUGUUUACCAAUUGCUACAUUUAUAACAAGCCGACAGAUGACAUAGUGCUGAUGGCCCAGUCUCUGGAGAAGGCAUUCCUGCAGAAAGUGGCUCAGAUGCCCCAGGAGGAGUUAGAGCUGCCUCCUCCCCCUCCACGCAUCAAACCUGGCAAGCCUGGCAGAAAAGGCAGAGUCUCUGGAGGAGUAACAACAGCUCAUCAGGUCCCAGCUGUCUCCCAGUCAGCGUACUCACCUCCCACCCCGGAAACACCCGACUCUAUCCUUUCUACCCCCCCACAGACACUUGUGAGCAAGAGCUUGCCCCCCGUGCUUCUAACUGAACAAAGCAUCCCUACCAUUACAGGUCUGCCUCCCACACAGCCCACUGCUAAGAAAAAAGGAGUGAAGAGGAAAGCAGAUACAACCACCCCAACAACUGUAGCCAUGCCCAUCAUGAGCACCAUGGGCGUCAGCGGCAUCAGCCUGGGGAUGGGUGGUGGACACAACUCGCCGCUCACCCUGACUUCUCUUGGAGUGGACCACAACUCCAGCCUGGGGAUGAACCAAAGCCUCAGCAUCAACCAGGGCAUGGGGAUGGGCAUGGGCAUGGGGAUGGGGAUGGGAAUGGGCAUGGGGAUGGGCCGUGGAACAGUGAUGUUGAGCAGCAAAGCAGCAGCGGGGAGCAGGAGAGGAGUGAGUGGACGACCCAUCAAGCCCCCCAAGAAGGACUUACCAGAUUCUAUACUGCCAACGCCGGUGCGCCGCAGCAAGCUGAACCCUCAGCUGCGCUACUGCAACGGUGUCCUGAAGGACCUGCUGUCAAAGAAGCACGCGGCGUACGCCUGGCCAUUCUACAAGCCUGUCGAUGCAACGUCACUCGGUCUUCACGACUACCAUGACAUCAUCAAGCAGCCCAUGGACCUCAGCACCAUCAAGCGGAAGAUGGACAGCAGAGAGUAUCGUGACGCUCAGCAAUUCUCUGCUGAUGUUAGACUGAUGUUCUCCAACUGCUACAAGUACAACCCCCCUGAUCAUGACGUGGUGGCUAUGGCCAGAAAACUCCAGGACGUCUUUGAGUUCUGCUUUGCUAAGAUGCCAGAUGAGCCUCCAGCACCGCCUAGCUCCUCCUCCUCCUCUUCCUCCUCUUCAUCCUCAUCUGAGAGUGAGAUCAGCAGUGAAAGUGAGGAGAGUGAGAGCAGCCCCAGCUCUGACUCUGAGGAGGAGAGGGCAAACCGGCUGGCAGAACUGCAGGAACAGCUGAAAGCCGUGCACGAGCAGCUCACUGCACUCUCCCAGGGCCCAAUCGUCAAACCUAAGAAAAAGAAAGAGAAGAAAGACAAGAAAAAGAAGAAAAAGGUAGAAAAAGAGAAGCAUCGGAGGAUAGAGGAAGAGAUCCCUCCUAUCAAGCCGGCCAAGACCCCCAAAAUCACCAAGACUCCAAAAGCAAAGCCCAACCGAGCAGUGGGCUGUCCCGUAAUCCCAAUUAAGAAGGCUCCAAGCAAGAAAAACAACAAGAGCAAAGCCAAAAAGGGCGGCAUGAUGUUCAGCAUGCCUCAGCCGGUCCACGACCCCAUAGUGAGUCAUUUCGACUCGGAUGAAGAGGAGGAGACGGCGCCCAUGUCGUAUGACGAGAAGCGCCAGCUCAGCCUGGACAUCAACAAGCUGCCCGGGGAGAAGCUGGGCCGCGUUGUUUACAUCAUCCAGUCCCGUGAGCCCUCGCUCCGAGACACCAACCCCGAGGAGAUCGAGAUAGACUUUGAGACGCUGAAGCCGUCGACACUGCGGGAGCUGGAGAGAUACGUUAUGACGUGUCUGAGGAAGAAACCUCGAAAGCCAUAUGCAAGUAAAAAGAACAGUGCUGGCAAAUCCCGGGAGGAGCUCGCUCUGGAGAAACAAUUGGAGCUGGAGAGAAGGCUGAUGGACGUCAGUGGUCAGCUGAACUCUGGGAAGAAGCCUCCUAAGACUAAACCAGAGAAACCUGCAACCGAGGCCCACACACAGCCGUCUCGCCUCAGCGCCAGCAGUUCCUCCUCGGACUCCUCUUCCUCGUCCUCUUCCUCCUCAUCCUCAGACACAAGCGAAUCAGACUCUGGCUGAGAAGCAGAGGGUCUCCAUUUGAAAGGGUCAUGUGACGGACCCUUGGUGUUUCGCUUCCCACCGAGUGGACUGAACUGUAGUAGAGCUACUGACGACGGAGCCGCAGGGCGGAUCAAACGAGACCAGCACUAGGCAGAACUGGUCCGACUCGACAUGUAUCAAACAGAGAGAGAGAUGGAGCUUUCCCUGCACUCAGCUCAUUCAUCCAGUCUUGGACUCAGAAAACCUGAGGAUGGAUGAAUGGAUGAACUGUAAGAGACUCGAUGUAAAGUCUUGCCGUUCUCUGGAGAACUGGCGUUGUUGGGCGGAGCGAGGGAUGCUCCAUCUCCUGCGAAUAAAGGAGUCGAGCAGCGCAUGCGUUGGAGGGAUAAGGGUGCUAGAGCCAGAAUCUGUCUUAUUUCUGGAGAUAAUUUCCCUUCUUACCGUGCUCCCUGUCUUUAUGCUGUAUAGAUAAGGUGUACAGUUAUAUAAAUAUCUAUUUUUCUUUUAUAAAGAAGCAUUUUAUGGAGCUAAUUUAUUCCCGCAUUCUGGGAAAGAUGUACUGGUGUGGGUGGAGUUGUGUUUGGUUUAGUUUUUUUUUUUUUUUUUUUUUUUUUGGGUGGCAAAGAGGGGAAACACGUGUGUGUGUGUGUGUGUUUGUCUGUGUUUGUAUGAGUGUGUGUGUGUUUGUAUGAGUGUGUCAGUCUGUGUUUGUAUGAGUGUGUGUGUGCAUGUGUUUGUAUGAGUGUGUGUGUGUCAGUCUGUGUUUGUAUGAGUGUGUGUGUGUGUGUGUGUGUGUUGUGUGUGUGUGUGUGUGUGUGUGUGUGUGUGUGUGUGUGUGUGUGUGUGUGUGUGUGUGAGAGAGAGAGAGAGAGAGAACGGCACCCCAAGUGCAGCCUUGUGAAGUCCCUCAUAGUUUUGACGCAGGCGUUGAAAAUCAGUCUGCACGCAGAAGCACCUUGGUUCAGUAGAAUACAGAAUGCAUGCAAUACAGAGGAGCUGACAAACACCUGCAUACUUAUGUACUACUUUACUGCAUCCUUGUGUACUCAUGUACUUGUUUGAAAGGGUUGGCCACUGUACAGAAAUGUGACAUAGUUACACACCAGUUUAUACGUAAAUAUUUCUGUUCCCGUGUUGGCUGUCUUUUUUUCAUCCCUUUCCAUUUCAAUUUCUCUGUACAAUGUGUUUCUUUUUUUCUUCUUGUGACCAAUCUGCUAAUAAAUUGUGAGGACGUGUCUCGUCCACUCACCCGUGCCCAAAUAACAUCUUGGUUCUUUUGAUUUCUUUUUGGUGUUCAGGUCUGUUCAGUCACAAAACAUCUGACUAGAAUUCAGUAUUUCAAGUUGCAAGACAAAGCUUUUACUGGUUUUUAUAUUUGAUAUUUUAUUCAAGUAAGUGAAGCAUUUUGGCUUGAUUUCCCAUCAGCCAUCACUUCCUAACACCAUGGCGACACAAAAGUAAAACUGAUUUGUCUUUUAAACAAUUGGCCUUUGAGAUCUACGGCAGCUGAAAGUUUUAUUUUCUGUAUUGAGCGAGUUUUGUUUAGGAGUAAGUUUACUUGUGUGAUUAAAAACAGUUGUACCAGGUUGGGAAGUUCUAACAGAAACUUCAGGUUGUGGAUGGUGAAGUUUUCUCCUUUGACGGAUAAACAAGUCUUUUUUUUUAUUUAUUAUUUUUUUUUUUUUAAGAAAAGCAAUGUGACUGGUGGAAACAUGAAAGUGUUUUUUUGAAUUCUGGGAUCCAGUAGACAAAAAAAGAUGGUUUAAUGUUAUGAGUAAUAACGAUGCACUGUUUGUUUUGGUGGUACUACUAAACAAUUUGUGAUUUAGGUAAGGUGUGUAUCAGUUUUGUUUUCUUUUAAAAUUGUCUAUGGCUUGAGAUUGGACUGUUGUAUGUUUGAAACUGAUUAUUUAUUUAGGAGGAAAUUGAAUGGAAAUACUUUUUUCAUAAUAUGAAAGUAAUCAAAAGCUUUUAAGUCGAAGUCUACUCUAUGAAAUAUGCACAGAUUAACUGUCAGGAUUGUAGAAGUGUACAUAUUUUACAGUCUCAAUCUUUGAGCAUGUUUUUGUUUUUCCUUCAGUAACUUAGUCGAGAUUUUUCUUUGGGUUACUGUUCCAAGACAAAAUACUCCAGUUAUCAGUCUUACUUUUCUGAAGUUUGUCAGAAAUAUAAACGCCUCUGUACUUGACUCCAUCAUUUCAUCUGAACAUCUGUACAUAAAUAAACUGAGACAUGUUCAUCUUC